AUGAUGGGACACAGCCCUCAGAUGUUCGAGGCGUUUGCUUUCUUCCUCCAGGAGAGGCUUCGAUCCAACUGGGGGCCUAUGGACGUGCAGCAGGAUCCUGCAUCGUUCCUGUGCUCGAUGCUGCAGCGAGACCCUCAGGCACGAAAGUCAACGACGGAGUUGCUCCAGCAUCCUUGGAUGAUGGAGGAAACGGCGUGGUAA